UUCCUAAUCUGUAGUUCAGCUUCAACUUGAGGAGGAGGAACUGUUCAACUGAAAAGUUACAACCUCCACGGCUGCAUUCUUACACAUUUAUUGAAAACAGAACGUGAAAAAGUUGAAAUGAAGAAGCCUGCUCUCCUCUCUGCAGUCCUGCUGCUGCUGUUUUUUGUUGGGACAUCAGCUCAGGGUAACACUAACUUCAAAGUGCAGGUGAAUGUGUCACCCAAGAACAUUAAGACCUACAGCACUUCUACUGCUUAUAGAGGAAGCCUCUUCGGUGGACUGACGAGACUGAAAUACUCAAACCAAGGCUUCAACUUUCAGUACAUACCAAAUGAUGACUAUGGACCAUUCCUUCAGAGUGUAAAUGGUUUGGCAGGAAAUUCAUCAUACUACUGGCAACUGCUGAGUGGUAAAACCCCACUCGAUGUUGGUAUGGGAUGUUACCUUCCAACAGCAAAUGAAGUCGUCACCCUGAAAUACACGAAAAUUUAAGACCAUCUAAAGUCUUAUUGUUACUUAUGGUCAACCAAUACACUUUGAUCUUUGGCAAGUUGAGGUUAAUAAUUGACUUGUUGUGUCAUUUUUUUGCUUGGGAGUCUUCUAAUCAUAAAACGGUAGCCUAUCACUAGCUUACAUUCUUUUACUGGGUUUCUGUCAGACUUUAUGAAUUAAGAUUACAGCGUUAAUCUACAAUUCUGCCACAGUGUAGUAAUCUGGAGUAAUAGAAAACUCCAUCAGUCACAAGAGCAAUCAGUAAAACAUAUACAACACAACAACUUGAACUGUUUUUUAAUUUACUGCCUUUAUGGCAACUUUUAUUGUGUUUGAGAGCAAUUAGUAGUUCUCAACUUGCCCCUGAGUGCCAUAAUUUUACAUUCAAAUUCCAUUAUUUGAUGCUUACAAGUGGUCUCAGUUUUACUGUAAAGGGAUGGUGUGGUUAUACAGUUGACUGCCCAGAGACUGCUGGCCAGCAAAAACAGCAAGGUGGGUCAGCUGCUGACUCCAUGUCAAAAUAGCUUCUUUAUCCUGCAAAUCAAGUUAUCAACAGCUUGCAAGUCAAAAGGCUUCUGAGAUUGACUGGGCUGCUGACCUCCACCUGGAUAACAGCAGGUCUCAAGAUCAGCUGUGAAAUUAAAGCUAUUUUUGAGCUUUCUGGGGCUCCUAGAGGGGUGUGAGAGGGGCAAAAUAAGAUCAAUUUCAUUGCUGAAUAAUUUUUGUAUUAGUGCAUUUUUAUUGUUUAAUAAAAUGUUACUGAUUAUUAGUGUUAUCUUCUGCAGGCAUUAAAUAAAGCAUGUAACUUGUAGUCAAAGUAAAAUGUUUCUAGCCUUGGUUUGUUUUAUUUUUAGACAAGUUUUAUUUAAAGUGUUGUUAGCAUGUCCACCAUUAUGUAUCCUAAGACAAAGACAGAUCUAGACCAAGGGUGUCAAAAAUAAGGCCAGAGGCCAGAAACAGCCGUGAGAUUAUCAUACUAUCUUAUGCCACCUUAUCCUUCUAAUCAAAGAAUUGUUGAAUCAUUAUACAGCUAUAGGCCACAUUAUGCCUUGGAUUAAAAAUUGUGAAAUCAUUACACUGUUUUAUGAUGCAUUAUACUGCUGAGUUAUAAGAAAUGCUGUUUGUGUA